AUGUUGGUUUCAUGUUCACCUCCACAAAAUAAUGAGAAAGACCGUUCAGCAUUCUUUUUCAACCCACUUAUUUUUCUGAUUGAAAGUUUUAAAGAAGUAAAUCAAAAUAUCAUUCAGAAAAUUAAACUACAAACAAAAAUAACACCAUCAAUCAACUAUAAACUAGAAAUUGAAAGCAAGAAGUUGAUGCAAGAGAAAGAUGCAGAUCUGUUAGAUUAUUGUUCAAAUGUAAAUGCAAUGACUUUGGCUAACAAGAUAUUAAUUGACAUUACGAACUGGAAUGGUGUCUUAUCUUGCAAUGCUAUGGAUUUCAUCGUAAAACAUUCAAAACAAAACAUUAUCGCAAUCAAAAACAAAGACGGUUCAAAAUAUUCAAAGAAAAUUAUUCUUGAGCUUAUCGCACUCAAUCAACGGAAACAUUUUCUACCUUUGGGCAUAACUGAAUUUCUACAGAGGCUUGAAAAAUUUUUUAUCUGCAAUUCAGGCUCGAUAAAGGUAAUGAACCAAGACAUUUUAUCCAGAAUUUCAAAUGUCAAAGCGAUUCUUAUGCGAAAUAACUUACGAGAAAACUUUCAUCUUGAGACUUUAAAUAAAAUGCAGAAUAUUCAACUCAUCGAUUUGUCGAACAUAUGCAUAAGUAUGAUGUACCCUGAUGUAGGAUUAAAUGAGCUUAAGAAUGCUUUGAAACAUUGUGGGAAUGAACAUAUUUUAUAA